CCCUGCGGUAGUCAAGCUUGUCUUUUGCACACCCAGUGGCACUCAGUCACCGUUCACCGAGAGCUUUUCUCUCUAGAAAAAGGAGCCCAGAGUGGGGGCUGCUAGAAGUCCAAAACAGGAGCCGCGGUCUCCAUCCAUCUUCUCCGGCCGGCCUCCACCAUGGCCUCCUUCGCCGCGCUUCCUCUGGCGGCUCUCCUGGUGCUGGCGGUCUCGUGGGCGUGGGAGCGCCUCCUCGUGCGCCUCGUGUGGAGGCCCUACGCCGUGGCCAGGAGGCACCGGGCGCAAGGGAUCCAUGGCCCCCCUUACAGGUUCCUCAGGGGCUCCAACGAGGAGGUGAGGAGGAUGAAGGCGGAGACGGCCCACGUCGUGCUCCACGUUCGCGACCACGACUACCUCCACAGGGUCGCGCCGCACUUCCUCAAGUGGAGGGCGCAGUACGGGGAGCCGUUUCUGUUCUGGUUUGGCGCCAAGCCCCGGAUCUGCGUCUUCGACUACGAGUUGGUGAGGCAGAUCCUUUCGAGCAAAUCCGGACACUUUCCCAAGAACGACGCGCACCCGAACGUGCUGGAAUUGCUCGGCAAGGGGCUGGUGUUGGUGAACGGCGUCGACUGGGUGCGGCAUCGCAGGGUCAUCGACCCUGCUUUCGCAAUGGACAAGAUAAAGGCGAUGACGAAAACGAUGGUGUCUUGCGCCCAAAGCACGUUCGGUGUGUUCGAAGAGCAGGCAUCCAAGAACACAAACAAAGAAAUCCAAGUGGAAUUCGACAAAUCUGUCCAAGAGUUAACAGCAGACAUCAUAUCCCAUACAGCCUUUGGAAGCAGCUACAAGUUAGGAAUGGAAGCCUUCUAUGCCCAGAAAGAGCUCCAGGCAAUCGCCAUAUCCAGUUUACUGAAUGUGCAGAUACCAGGAUUCAGCUACCUGCCCACGAAAAGGAACAGGAGGAAGUGGAUGCUCGAAAAGAAGCUUCGAAGCACGCUCAUGCGCAUCAUAAACUCGCGGUUAGCGUCGCAGGGGAGCGGAUACGGAAAUGACCUGCUUGGCUUGAUGCUUGAGGGUUGCACUGAAACAGAGCAAGGCGGCAAGCAGGAGCAGCUAAGCUUGAGCAUGGAGGAGAUCCUACACGAGUGCAAAACGUUCUUCUUCGCCGGUUACGAGACGACGUCGCUCCUGCUUACCUGGACAGUGUUCUUGCUCAGUGUGUACCCUGAGUGGCAGGAGAGGCUCCGGGCGGAGGUCUUGAGGGAAGUUGGAAAGGGUGACCCCAGCGGCGACAACCUCGGCAAACUGAAAGAGAUGACAAUGGUCCUCCAUGAAACCCUGAGGCUCUACGGCCCGGCUCUUUUCAUGCAGAGGAAGACCACAACUGACAUGGUGGUCGGAGCCAUAACAAUUCCCAAGGAACAUGCCAUUGUGAUCGGCGCCCCGUUCAUGCACCGGGACAAGAAGGUCUGGGGCGAGGACGCGGAUCAGUUCAACCCGAUGAGGUUCGCGAACGGGGUCGCGAGAGCGGCCAAGGUUCCGCACGCCCUGCUCGCAUUCUCGAUCGGGCCGAGGGCGUGCAUCGGCCAGAACUUCGCGAUGCUGGAAGCCAAGUCGGUCAUGGCGACGGUCCUGCAGAAGUUCUCCUUCGCUCUCUCGCCGAGCUACGUGCACGCCCCCGCGGAUUUCCUCACUCUGCAGCCCAAGUUCGGCCUCCCCGUCGUCAUGAAGCUGUUGGAUGUAUGAAAUGGAACCGGUUGGUUCUGAAUGUUGGGGGUACAGAACUUCUGAAGUUUCUGCCGGGGGCUGGCUGUGGUGCUUAUAGUGCACGCAGCGUAUAUAUUCUCUUCCAAAUUAAGGUUGGAAAAGUAGUGCACUUACAAGAAAAUACUGUAUAUUGCAUGUGGCUAAUAUAUGCCUCUUGCCUGCAUGGAUACUCUAAUUUUCGCUAAUAUAUGCCUCCUGCCUUGCCUUUAUCCCUA